AAAUAUCCAGAUCCAUCAAGCGACCAGACUUCACGAAUGAUAUCAACGAGUAAGCCUUGAGAUGUUGACACUACAUAAUCACAAUAACACAUCAUCUAGGCAGUGAAUAAUACAGGAUCACACUACGCAUGCUUUCAAUUAAAACCAUAAGUCUGAAAAACUUUACAUUCCUGCCAUGUAUCAUUUGUUGGUUGAGUUGUCAAACCUUCACUAAAAUAUACAAUGACUCGAAAUUUUGAGUAAAAUUACUCAACUUGAUGAGUAAAUUCUUUUAACCAUUGUUGAGAAAGAGGAAAGCUUUACUUAAAAUUAAGUGAUUCACAAUUAGUACAUUUUACUCACAAAUUUGUGUCAGCUAGGUUGCAUUAUUUCACUGACGUUUUUGAGUCAAAUUACUGAGCGAUAUUAAUUUUACGAUGUGCUAUACAGAAGAACAUCUUCAUAUGUUGGUUUAGCCUGCAUGGCAGGCGGUCUAAAAUACCGCCUGCUGGGUUUGGCAGUGUAAUUUGAUAACCGAAAUUAUUUAUUUAGGCAAGCAAAAGAAACGUUACGACAGUGGUAAAACCUUGGCCGAAAUAAGCCGAAUUGCCGGUUCAGUUCAUUUAGGAAUCGAAGUUAAUUCUACCUCGGAACUAUCCGACCAAGUUUGUAAACCGUGUGAGCGAAAUAUCCGAAAUACAAGCGAACUGAUUGCCAUAAUCAAACGAGACAUAAACGCGUUGAAAAAUCCUCAAAUAAAAAUAUCCUCAAAUAAAAUUAAAAAAAAAUAAAGCGACUGCUACGCAAGCUAGUGUACGUUCGAACAAAUAGACAGUUGUAUAUUAAAAACCUCAGUUGCCAAUAUGAACUAUGCCCUAACGAAGCCGUGUGGUAACGAAAGCCUUAAAAAGUUCAGAAAGUGAAGCGGCUAUUAAUAGGCAUAGGCGUAAUACUCCUGUUAUAAAACCCGUUGCAAGAAAGACUAUACGGCCGUCUGUAUCUAUUCUCGUUAUAUUUUCUCGCGCCAACAAGAACGAUGUAAAAAUCAAGCUUUUCCCAUAGAGUGGCCAAAACAUUCUUUCCAAGGAGUAAAUCUUUAACUGCUAUCUCUUGCUCGCGUUUGACAAUCAGUUCGCGUUUCGACUUUCGAGAAGCGUUCAGUUUUACAACACCUAUUAAUUAAAGCGAACGCAUGCAUCAUUAAAGUGUCAAGCGUAUGUUUACAUAUUAAAGUGCAUUCACUUUUGAGUGACAGCGGCUCAGACUCGCAGCCAAUCAUCAAUUCCCGUCCACUGGUGGACGGGGAAUUCGAUUACACUGCCAAACCCAGCAGGCGGUAUUUCCCAGGCCUGCCCAAUUUUAGGAACCGCCUGCCAUGCAGGCUAAUGUUGGUUUAGCCUGGGCGUUUAGUACGGGCGGGAAAAGAGGAAACGCCUACCCAAAUGGCUAUGGCAAAUUUGUUUUCGCCCAUUAAGGAUGAUUGACGUUUUGUAAUUAGCACCUUCACCCAUUAUCCAAUCAUAGUCGAUAUUUAUAUUUAGCAUCAUGCAUGCUUUUUGCUCGGCAACUAGGGAGAUUUGCAGAGAGUUUAUGUACUACUUAAAACAUGAGCAGCAGUGUUUUAUCAGAUAUAAAGAUAGUCUGAUAAAACACGCACUGCGAAUGUUUUAAAUUGCUUCCAAAACGAUCGAUCUAGUAUAAGUUCAUUGGCGAAAUAGCUUUCAAAAAAUUCGUUGUGUAUGUAGAGAAAAUCAAAGUUAAAGUUUAUGUAAAUCAAGGAAAAUCUCUAUCACAUAUAAAGAUACACGUUUAUGAUUUUUCUAUGUGUUUUUUCCUCAUGAAUUAUUAAUGAGUUUUUGAAGCUAUUUUAGACAACAGUCACAACACAGAGCUUUUAUCUUUUAAAAGGCUCCUGAACCACGGUUGUUUAACGUAUUCUGCCGUUUAGCAAAUUAACUGCAAAUAACAGUUGAACAUGUUUUGAAAUGUUAUUCUUAAAAUCAUCAUCCAACCUCAUAGCUGCAAUGCCAAGUGAUGUAGCCUCAACAAUUUGGUCUUGAAUUAUACUUUAAAGUGAACAAAUAACAAAACAACUGAAUAUUCGAUCCCUGCUCGGGCAAGCUUUGAUUUUCAGAUUUUCCGUAUUCCGUAGGAAGAAUCGCGAUAACCGGCGUCUUCACCACGUAGCAAAUUAAUAAUAGACUUUCUAUAUUCUGGUUUCAACUGAAUUUCGAAGCCUAAAUACUUGAAAUAUAGGAGUUCCCUCGAAAGAAUUAUUAAACAGGUGGCAUAUUUUCGAUACGCGAGCAAAAUUAUUGUUGACAUUUGAGUUACGUAAUUAAUUCCGUUGACGAAAUUGACCAAUGGGGAGCUUUUCCGAAGAUUCUUCGGAGAAGAGCAAAUGAAUCAUAGGCAUUUGGGCAGGCGUUUAUUUAACGACGCCCUCUCUUCUCCCGCCUGCACUAAACGCCUGCUACGCAGGCUAAUGUUGCAUGGUUGUGAGAACAAUCUGCUUACCUUUUUUUAGCAGGCCAAGAGUUGUUAUCGUCCUGUUAUGAUCUACUGGAAAGAAACACGUAUGCAAAUGCUUACAUUGUCAAUACUGUAACUGUGUGAUAUUAUUUCACUGUGAGACAAAUUGCCUUAGCGAAUAAAUUGGUUUUCUGUCCAUCGUAGAGAUUCAACCAAUUCCAAUUUAUGACCGUUUUAACCAAUUGUUUUUUUUUACAGCGAACAAUACAUUGCUCUUAAAUUUUAUUUAUUAAUUUUCACAAUUUGUAAUUGUAGUUCAUAAACCAGUGAAAAAGCUUUUCUCACACCGGCCAAUAUCCGCCAUUUUGGGUGACGAUCUUCCCUUGUCUAAGAAUCUGCAAUUUGAAAAGUAACUUGUCAAAGUUAAGACAAUGUGAAAAGUGACUUUUCAGAUUUACCAUAAACACACAACUAAACAGUUGUUAAGAGUCAUAUUUCGCGGUACAUACACUGUAAGGCACCACCUCAAAAAUGAAAGAAAAACGGAGUGUGAGAAAGGCUAUUUGACUGCUAGAAACGGAUGAAUUAAAAAUCUUUCAUUACCUUCGCUGGGAUGUUUUGUUUACACUUAUGUUUCGUUAAACUAAAGUAAUGAAUCAGACAAUUAUUAAAUUGCUUUAAUUUUACAUUUUCUAGAUCGUCACCCACUGGUACGUACAUUCUACAGGAAAAUGGCACUUCGUCACCAUAUAAGGUAUAUUGUCACAUGACUGAUAUUCCCGGAUGUGGAGGCGGUGGUUGGACACUAGUCUUAAAAGUUGAUGGAAAUAAGGUACUAUUGUGGUAAUCUACCCCAAUCAAUCGAUCAAUUAAUCCACCGAAACAGAAAUCUUAUCUUCUUCGGCACUAUUUAUGUUUCUUCAGAACACAUUCAAAUAUGGAUCACCUUUGUGGACGAACAAUGAAAGCUAUGCAGUUGAAGAUGGACUUGAAGGACUAACAGAGCGAGAAAGUAAACUGGGCUCUUAUUGGAACACUCCUUUUAAGAAAAUAUGUCUUGGCAUGGCCGUUAAUGGUGAUAAGAAAUGGAUGAUGUUGGAUUACGAAGCUAGUUCGCUGUACAGUGUGAUCGCAGAUGGAAAAUACCGCAGCACAUCCGCUGGAAGAGCGACUUGGCUCUCCCUGAUCGCAGACUCUUCCUUGCUGGCCUAUUGCAACUAUGAAGGUUUUAAUAUCAAUCUCAAAGUAGCUCAGACUAAACUCUGGCAUAUGUAUGUCCGACUUGGUCUUGUUGCCAAUAAUGAAGAUAAUUGUGCAAGCACUGAUUCUUGGAUAGGUUUCGGUGUGGAAUACGUAGGAUGUGUUGAGAGCCAUCAGGCUUGUGGUAAUCGUGUACACUGCUCAAGUAAUGUAGACCUUCCAGCAUUUGGAUACAUAUUGGUGCAGUAA